CAAAUGUAUAUAGAAACUACAUCAUCGUAUCCCAUGGUUCGAUGCUCAAGAUGUGGACUGGUCUCCUGAACAUGAUGUAGUAAUUAUUUGUCUUUCAUGGCAGACGUUUAACCCUGCUCCUGUUAAGUUCUGACUCACUGACCCCUGCAUCCCACCCGUGGAUCCGCCUAUGUUUAGAUUUCGCCAGACCAGAAAACCAGAGGUUGACUCCUGCACUGGAAAAAAACCCGGAAACAUUGACAUGAAAUACGUCAUAGCCAUAGCUGUAUGUGUGCCUGUAGUUGUCAUCAUCAUCAUCGUCGUUGUCGUCGUGUUUCUGUUAAACAGACGUUGGAAGAGAACUGUUUAUGAUGAAUGCAUCGAGCAUCAUUCCAUUGAUCCCCCUCGUUUCCUUGGAAUCCGUGAAUGGCACCGUGUACUCGGAUGAUGAAUGCAGCGAGCAUCCUUCCAUUGAUCCCCCUCAACACGCCUUGGAAUCCAUGCAUGGCACCGUGUACUCAGGAAGAGACGACUUGGAGCUGAAAGGCGUACAAGAUGAUAAAGUUAAAGUUACAGGUAAACCUGAUGCAGGGUUGUCAAUUACAGAUAUUCCUAAAGUAUGCUUGCCAAUUACAGCUGUACCCCCCCAGGUUCCGCCAGCUGAUGGAGCACGACCGCCGUCUCUCCCACGCAUCUAACUGCAGGGCGAACUACUCCAGCGUUUCCGAAGAAAUAAAAGCUUCCUAAA